ACUAUCAAAGCGCUGCUGCCUUUUUUGCUUUCACUUUCACCUCGGAUCUCUUAAUCUUUUGUGCAGUUUUAUAAAGAAUUAGCACAAGUAUUUUUGGCAAACUUAUUAACUUAACUUACUUAAACCGUUUUUUGUGUGAUCAAGAGUGCAGUGCAAUCGAUAUUUUUAGCAACUCGGCGUUCACGAUUCAAGGAAUUUGUGUUCAGCCUACACAGAAUAGAGGUACUUUCCCAGAAGUGAUACUUUAGUAGUGCGUCAUAUUUCCUUUGCGAAAUCAAACGCCUAAUAGUGUACUUCUUACUUUAGUUUAUUCCUCCUUUUUCAUUGCACGCAGUAAGCACAGUUCAUGGCUUUCCCGGACCACAUUCAGCUUCAGGCUAUUAACCAGACAGCGGAGGCGCUCAGCAGCUAUGAGCGUAGGAGGCUGUUUUACCUGUGUGAUGUCCUGGACACGGACAAUAGUGUGGCUUGUAUGAAGGAGAUGCUGAAAUCUAAAGUGAUGUCCAAUGAGAGGGGAGUCCUGUUGGUCCUGGCGCUGAUGUGGCAAUUGAGACGUUUUGAUAUCCUGAAAAAUGUGUAUAAAACCAGCAGGGAGGAGGUGGAGGUGUCUUUGAAACAUGUGCAGGUCCUGCCAAAAUUCAGAGUAUUGAUGGCUAAUAUUAAUGAGGACAUGGCCGCUGAAGAUCUGUCCAAUGUGAAAUUCUUGUUAAGCAGCACGAUACCCCGUGAGAACAUGGAAAAAGCAACGAGUUUCCUGGAGGUGAUCAUUGAACUUGAGAAGCUGGAUAUAGUUUCACCAGAAAGAGUUGACUCUUUAGAGAAAUGUUUAAGAGACAUUGGCAGGGUCGACCUUGCCAAAAAAGUGUCUGCAUACAAGAUGUCAGUUGUGACAACUGAGGGAAACUCCUAUCAGCAGCCACAGCAAAGGCCCAGAGCACCUUAUCGAUUCCCUGCUCCAAUUAGUUCUGUGCAGCAAACAAGACCACGAGAGCCCCUCCACGUUGCCUCAGGAAGCAUACCAGUGCCCGUAUACAGAGAGCAGAACAGCCAGAGUCAUCUAGAUUUGUACAAAUUCAACACAAAUCCCAGAGGACUUUGUGUUAUCAUAGACUGCGUGGGUAAUGACGGAGACAUGUUGGAACAGACAUUUAGGGCUCUUCACUUCAAAGUGGCCCUCUACAAAUGGCUGAGUGUGGCUGACACGCUUACUGCUCUCAGAGGGAUACUCAGACCGAACUUUGAAGGCGAUGGCUUUGUCUGCUGCAUCAUCAGCCGUGGUACUUCGAACAAUCUCAUGGGUACAGACACAUACGGCACAGGUCUACUUCUGGAGAAUGUCAGACGUCUUUUCACUGCUGAUUCGUGUCCCAUGCUGGCUGGCAAGCCCAAACUCUUCUUCAUCCAGAGGUACAGCGUCCCAGAGUUUGUGCCACUUGCCAGGAUGCAGCACCGAGAUGAGGAUCUGGAGACGGAUGGGCAUGAUCGGCCUGCCAGAUGUGAAAUCAUCCCGACAGGUGCAGAUGUGUUCUGGAGUCACUGCUGGACGGACGAGUCUGAACUGGAGCAAGGACAACAUCGCUCCAUUUACCUGAAGGCUCUGACAGACGCCUUACACAAAGCUCAAAGCAGGAAAACACAUCUGGUUGAUGUUCAUACCGAGGUGAAUGGCGCCAUCUUUGAACAUAACUCAAGGAAUCCUGGAGCAAACUACCACAUCGAUCUAAAUUAUACUUUAAGGAAAGAUCUUUACUUACAAUAGAUGAUGCAUCAUGCUCACUUUCACUAAACACUGUCUGCCACAAGUAGAUAUAACAUAUUCCUUGCCAGGGAAGAACCUUAUUUGUAUUACUUUUGACUGUGUAUAGAGUGACACCUACUGGUUGAAGGAAGUAGUUUGUUUUUCUAUUUUAUUUAUUUUUAAAUUGUUUUAUUUUAUAGUUUCAUAACAUACAUGCUAAUGUACUCACAAGACAUAUUUAUAUGUUUUAUUACUGUAUAUGUAAUCAUAUUUAACUUAUUUAGUUUUCUUGAAGCAGCUAAAACCAAAUUGUAGUUUCUUAUCAUAUUAUAUUAUUGUUACUUUGUUAGGCCUCCGGAGUAAUGUGAAAAUACAGUCUAUAGUUAAAUUAAGUUAACGCUAUCUAUCUAUUUUGCUCCAUUAAUUCCUUUUCUAGGUUAACUCUGGGCUACUCACAUAAUUUCCUAUUUUAGUGUACUUUUAAUCAAGAGAGUACAUAAACACAAACAUAUAGAUUGAAACUAUACCUCAAAUUGUGUAUCUCAGUUAAAUGCAUUACCUUCAAUUUGUUUUUAGAUUUUGCUUAUUUGUCACCAAAGGAUCUACAUAAGGUCUGGAUUUAUUUUUAUACCAAUGUUUAAGUUUGCUACAAUAUUAUUAAAAAAUAUAAUAAAAAAAAACGUUGUCUUGAUAAAUCUUUAUUACUUCUUGACUUAUAGGUGUCAACCCUUACCCAGACCCCAAACAAAACAUUUGAAUUGAAAUCUUUCCCUUUCCAAAAUGUAACGACCUACAGUAAUCACAACAUUAAUAUUAAAUGUAUUUGGUAGUUUGUUUAAUUCAAAAAUGACAUUACGGAUGAUUUUAAUAACUGAUUUUAUGUCAAAGACUUUGAUAUUGUCACUUUAAAAUAUAUUUUAUGUAAAUAAUCUGGAAAUGUCUCUUUUUGAACUCUUAAACUGACAUUGAUUUUUCAGUUAAUGCACUUGACUUGCACUAAUAUCACUAAGGACUUCCACCUUUUAAAAUCCUUGUGGGUUCUUGCUGACAAUGAUAUACUGUUCAGAAAAGUUUGCCUAUUUCUAUUUGUAAAUACAUAAUCUAUGUAUAGAGAUAGAAACAUGGACUUUUGAGUACUAUGUUGUGUACCAUGUGGCUAAACUGCUUUUAUAAAUGUAUUUUUAUUAUCACAAAUACUGACAUAAAGUACCAUUAUUUGUCUAUUACAGAAAGCAAUGUUUAAAAAAUGUAGUUCCAUUGUUACAACCGGCUACUGAGGUUAGUUGUCUCAAAAUGAAACCUAUUGUAAAUGUGAAGUAUAGUGCUUACU